GCAGCACCGACAGACCCAAGAAGAAGAAUGGCUGUUUCCGUCCUCUUGUUCAUCUCUGUGGCUCUGGCUGGAGUUCUCAGCACUGCUUCGCAGGCCUGUAAACUCGAACCAGUAAAGAUCGACCUUGCAAACCCACAGCUAGCUGGAAAAUGGUACUUCAUCCAAGUAGCUACAGAGGUGGAGCUAUAUCAAGCACGUUUUGCCAACAUUGACAAUUCAUAUUUCAUAAGCACUCCUGACGUCAAACUGAACAAAACAAAUAUAAAAGAAUACAGCCAACUAGGAGACUUGUGUUUGUCUACAAAUACAGACUAUGUCGUAUUGGAAAAUGGGUAUGAAUUUACAGAUGGAGCCAAGAACAUCAACAACUUUCGGAUCAUCAAAUCGAAGAUAGACAACAUGUUGAUCAUAGACUAUCAAUAUCAAAUUGAGAAGAUGGACUACCACAUGCUAACUCUUUUCAAACGGAAUCCAACCGCCUCAAAGGAAGAGAUGGAAAUCUUUGAAAGCUACACAAAAUGCCUGGGAUUAGAUAAGGAUAAAAUCAAAGCAUUUCCUCGAAACAAGAGCGAGUGCAAAGAAGAGAAACAAAUAAACUCAUUCAAUGCUACAACACAAGCACAGGAUUUCCUGGAAGAAAAAGUUUUGCAAAAUAGAAACAUCUGAACCUAAUCAAGACAGAACUCACUGAAGCGCAAAGCAACUGCAAGAAACUUACAUCAUCCAGAAUCUUUAAACUUUCUUCAUCGUAUCUUCAUCAAUUUUGGCUCAUUUUCAAUAUCUAAUUUGCUUUAA